CACGCGUGGGCAGGAAGAGAAGGUAUAUAAAGAGCCAAGAUUCUUGCCUAACGCACAGAAACCCAGAGCUCCGCAUUCGACAUGAAGCUAUCUACGGUUAUUCUCUCUUUUGCUCUUCUUGGAACAGUCUUGGCAGCCAUUCCAUUUCGCCAUCGUCGAGGCUUACCAGGAGUAUCAUUGAAAGAUCCAAACCCAACUACUUUUACCAAUUUCAAACAACAAUACUUCUACCCACGUCCUAGCUGGGGAGGUUAUAUUGGAAACUACGGAAAUCACGGCGUUAGCAGCUACGGCGUUGGGACGUAUGGCGGAUACGGAGCAAACCACGGAAUUAACCAAUUCGGAGCAAACAACUACGGGGCAGGAACAUACGGCGCAGGAAGUUACAGUACAGGUUCCAGUUCUGGUAUUAUGGGAGGUGCUUAUGGUAAAUAA